AUGUCGUAUACUGUUGAUAUUGAAUUGAAUUUACAUAUCUUAGAGUUAGUGGAACGUAUUUUCGACUCGCAAGUAAAUCUGUUGACGAAUUUACUAAACGAUUCAUCUAUAGUUAGCAAUACACAAAACUCUAACUUAUUUACCGUUUUAUUUAAAAUCAUUGAGCCAGCAAUACUAAGAAAAUUGGAAUCAAAAAUUCACGAAUCGUCGUCUACUGGAUUUCAAUUAUCAUCCGAUGAUUUAUUUCACGAAGGGAGUGGGAGUAUCAGAAUUAACAACCCACCAAGUAAAGCACAAGAAAAAUUGGUAGACAGUUUGCUUAAAGUAUUAUUUUCACAAUUUGUCUCCGUGGCCAAAAAUAACCAUACUGACAAUGGUCAUGAUAAUCUAAUACUGUCGUUAUUCAUCGAAAAUAUAUUCGUUGAACCAUACAAUGCCAAGGCCUCGGACUUGUUGAAUAUGUCUCACGGGUCUUUAGAUGAAAUUGUUAAUAAAAUAUUUCAGAAAACUAAUGUUCAAGAAACCAUAAAGAAAAACGACUCAUUCAGUCUCUACAAAUUAGAGUUGUAUUUUUACCAUUUCAAAGUUGAGGGGAAUAAUUCUUCUAAAGAGGCACUAGUGGAAGAAUUUGACAAAAUUGAUCUCAGCGACAAUGUGUCCGAUAGAACCCUAAUCGAUGAAACCAAUAAAAAGAUUCCAUUAUUUAAAGAAAUCCUUCCUAAUUUUCAGUUUUCUCAAGAAACGUUAAAUCUUGUUUCUAUUACCACUUUACCGUCACCCCAAUUAGAAGGACUCUGGGAAAGUCUAUUUUAUAACAGUACUCUAAAACAAGCCAUAUUUAAUUCUGCAGUUUUGUCACUUAAGAUUUCACAGCAAAGGGGUGAUACAGAACAACAAAGAAAAUCCAACGAACAAAUCCUCAACAACAAUGGUCUAUUAUUAUUACAUGGUCCUCCUGGAACCGGUAAGACAUCACUUUGCAGGGCCGUUUGUCAAAAACUCUCCAUUAGACAAAAGUACAAUAGAAAAAGUCUCAAUCUCAACGAGAGAUCUCAUUCUAUCCUUGUAGAACUUUCAUGCUCGAGGAUCUUUUCCCGCUGGUUUGGAGAAUCAUCAAAAAAUAUCAGUUGCGUAUUCAAUGAUAUUGAACUUUUGUUACAAUCAAGGGGAAAUGAUACAGGAUUUGUAUGUUUAUUAAUCGAUGAGGUGGAAACGAUAGCCAGUUGCAGAACAAAAGCAAUAAAUAACAAUGAGUCAAAUGAAAGUGUCAGAGUUGUAAAUAGUUUACUCACCAAUUUGGACAAAUUAAAAAAACACGAUAACUUUAUUGUGCUGACUACAUCCAAUUAUAUUGAUACUCUGGAUUGCGCAUUUAUUGAUAGGGCAGACAGGAUAUUUCAUGUCACAAAACCAUCAUUGGAAGCUCUUGAAAAUAUUUUGAUAUCUUCCUUAGAAAACUUAAUGUACUGUAAUAUUUUAAUACCGACUUAUAGAAAGGGGAAACUCCUUGAGAAUUGUAAGUACAAAAAUGUAAUUCGUACAAUUGCCAAACAUUGUUUAGCCUUAGAUCUUAGUGGCCGUGCUUUAAGAAAAGUGCCUCUGAUAUGUUUAUCUGAGUAUUUCCAAGAUUUACCAGUUAAUAUUGACUCUUUCCUUAUUGCUCUUGCGGAUACUAUUAACAAAUACCAAGAAAAGAAUUAA